CCGUUCGCCGAAGCGACCGAGCGCCAAGCCAUUAUCGACGAGCGCAAACGACUGCAUGCGCGGGCCAAAGACGAAGCGUACAAGCGCAAGGUCGAAGCGAGCGCCGUCAAGCUCCAAUGCGCGUUUCGAAGCAAACGCGCACGGGCCAAGUUUCGCCAUCUCUUGGAGGUUCGCCUCAAGGAGCUCGAGCACCAAGCGGUCGUCGAUGCGGCCGCCGCCAAAGUGGCCGAGAAGACAAAAAAGCGUUGGCGCCGCUGGUUUCGGUGGUGGAACUAG